CGCAUCAACACCAACAGACACUAGACAGAGCGACGAGAUAUUUUGAGUUGAAAUUGGGAUGUUUUUAUUUAAUAUACGCCUUGUCUUGAGAAAGAUAAUAAAUAAUUUUGGUUGAGCAUCAACUAUAUUGAACAAUUAUUAUAAUGGUGGCAAUAUUUAUCAAAAGGCAUAAGAGUAUGAUACGUGUUAGUAUAUUUUUCUUUUGUAUUGGUUGUGGAAUAGCAUUGUGUUUUUUGAGAAUUGACUGUGCUAAUGCUGUGAAUACUGUAACCCCAGUGUUUGCACGGCAAGGUGCGACUAGUGGUAUAGAGUACGCGGUGCUUGUUUUAACCAGCCCUUUGAACGAGGAACGGCGUAAUGUUAUUCGUAGCACCUGGGCAAACUUUGUGUCCAAUAUGUUUGUAGAAAAUGGAGAAAGAUUAUACAAGUGGAACCACAGUUGGACUGGAAAGCGGAGCGACCAUGAUUUCAUCAAAGUGUACUUUGUAGUGGGCACUAAAGGAUUAAGCACUGAGAAGUUAAACAUGUUAAAAACAGAAAGUAUCAGAAGCAAUGAUAUGGUAUUGUUGGAUAACCUGACUGACAAAUAUGAAAAUUUGGCUAUGAAAAUGAAACUAUCUUUUGUAUGGUUCCAUGAAAAUGUAAAGAAUCUAAAGUAUAUUAUUAAAUGUGACGACGACUCCUUUGUUAGAGUAGACCUAAUUGUAAAAGAUUUAGAAGCUUUUGCUCCUCAGAUGAAUUCACAUACUCUCAAUACAUAUAUCUCUAGCCAAGUCAAGCCAAGUAUGACCCAGUAUCAAGGCCUGUAUUGGGGAUAUUUCAAUGGGCAUGCUCGUGUCCAGCUGAAAGGCAAAUGGCAGGAACAAGACUGGUUCUUGUGUGACAAUUAUCUACCAUAUGCACUGGGUGGUGGCUAUGUUGUUUCUCGCAACAUCAUAGACUUUAUUGCCAAAAAUUCAGACUUUCUAAGUUUAUAUCGAUCGGAAGAUAUAUCAAUGGGUGUUUGGACAGCACCAUUGGAUGGAAUCAACCGAGUUCAUGACGUCAGAUUUGACACCGAAUGGAUUUCGCGAGGAUGCCAUAAUUAUAUGUUAGUAAGACAUAAACAGACUACUCAAGAUAUGUUUCAGAUGUACAAAGCUUUGGUGGACUCAAAAGGAGAAAACCUGUGCAAAACUGAAACCAUAGAAAGAGGAGCAUAUGAAUAUAAGUGGAACUCACGCCCUAGUCAAUGUUGUAAUUCACUUCAUCAUUUGUUUAGCAGGAACAAAGAAAAUAGCCCCGGCAACAUGAAAACGUGAAGGAUCAAUUAUUUAUUAUUUAUUAUUGUGUAAGCAGGCAGGCAGUUGUGACAACUGAUAUUGCCUGUAUCCAGUAAUCAUUAAUAGUUAUCGUUGACAAGUAGAUGUAUUGAUGUGUCUGUCUAAUUUAUUUUUAAAUUGGUUCACAUUUUGUGCUGAAACCACAUCUUCGGGGAGUUUGUUCCAAGCCCUCACUACUCGGUUGCUCAGAAAGUGUUUGUAUGGGUUACUGUGGGACCUAUGCCUUUCUAACUUUAAGUGAUGACCUCUCAGACGGGUGUUGUUGUUGCGCUUGAACAUCUCAUGAAAAUCCUUGAGGUCAUAGUGCCCAGACAGUAUUUUGUAUGUUUCUAUUAGGUCUCCACGUUCUCUGC